AUGUCCCAACCGCUUUCGCUGAAAUUGAAUGAAUUUCCAUCGAUUUCUCAAACGUUAAGAUUACCAAUUCCUAGACCACCAGUUUCAACAAAACACUCCGAGAUGCUAUUAUCGAAUUGGCCACCAUCUACGUCAGAUUUCACGAUGAACUCAACCACCUUCCCUGUCAUUCCUUGUCAACAACAAACAAUACCUGCAGGUCCAAAUGGUAAACCCGUACCCAAUAGGCGUGGACGAAAACGUUUAAGCACAAUGCCGUCAAAUAAAAAACAUAAACAAAAUCUAACGAAUCAACGUGCUUUUCGUGAACGCCGGGAGAAUUACCUUCGUAGUUUAGAAAAUAAAGUAGAAAUGUACGAAAAAGCAUAUGCUGAAUAUCAAAAUGAAAAUAGAUUGUUAAAAGGGGAGUUGGCAUUAUUAAAGAGGCGCCUCUCAAGGUUCGAAAAUUAUGGUUUUGAUGGCGGACUAGGUAUUGCAUCAUCGGAUGUACAACUUCCUGACAAGAUGCCCAAUAAUAAGAACGCUAAUUCGUGUUGUAAUGUGGUUAACGCGAUAUAUUCUGUUCCACAAUUGAUUGAAGAUAAUCAAAUAUAUCAUAGUGUUGAUGAACAAAAAGAUAAUAGUACACACAGAGAUGUUAUCGUUAAUAACUGUCACAACGAAAGAAUAUAUUUACAAGAUUAUUCUCUUUCAGUCAACAAUGACAGCUCAUCUUUCACACAAAAGCCUUAUCCUCCAUUGUCAAACGACAAUUUAUCUUCAUUCAUGCAAGACUAUGACGAACAGUCGAAUUCAAGAAACAGACCUCGUUCUCCUACAGAUUCCUCGGCAUCAAUCGAUUCAGUUGAUGGAAUCGUGAAUGAUUCUUCUAUUUUCAGCAAAGGUCACCUUUGCUUUUGCGAUGACUCGGAAAUAAGUGGACAAUCUCGAAUAUCACCUGGCAAUAAUUCCAUUGCAACUGUCAUUGGCCAAAAGACUAGUAUUUUGCCAAGACAAAGUACAAGCCAGGAGUUUGCCACUACGACACGUCAAACCUUACCAACACCUGAUGAACCUCAAUGGUCAUUAUCGCAUGAACAUUACUUCAAUAACACCUUGACACCCAUGUCUUCUUUCUCUCUAAUGGAUAGUGAAAGAGGGACAAGGUUAUACCGCUAA